AGUCCCCACACGUAUUAGCUAUAUACAAGCAAAGGAGCAUCCUCCACAAUAUGCACAUAGACUGUGAUUGUGGCAAGAAAGAAGAACCUCAGCCAUGGGAAGGAGACCAGCAAGGUGUUAUCGCCAAAUUAAGGGCAAGCCUUAUCCAAAGUCCCGUUUCUGUCGUGGUGUACCUGAUUCCAAAAUCAGAAUCUACGACGUUGGAACAAAGAAGAAAGGUGUCGAUGAAUUCCCCUUUUGCGUGCACUUGGUUAGUUGGGAGAAAGAAAAUGUUUCAAGUGAGGCGCUAGAAGCUGCACGAAUUGCCUGCAACAAAUACAUGGCUAAAUUUGCCGGAAAGGAUUCUUUCCACCUCAGAGUAAGGAUUCACCCUUUCCAUGUUCUGCGUAUAAACAAAAUGUUGUCUUGUGCUGGAGCCGAUAGGCUCCAAACUGGCAUGAGGGGCGCUUUCGGUAAGCCACAAGGAACAUGUGCUCGCGUAACAAUUGGUCAAGUCCUCCUCUCAGUUCGCUGCAGGGAUGCAAGUAGUCAUCAUGCACAGGAAGCUUUGCGCCGUGCCAAGUUCAAGUUUCCAGGUCGACAGAAAAUAAUUGUCAGCAGAAAAUGGGGGUUCACUAAGUUCAACAGGACUGAUUAUGUGAGAUAUAAAGCACAGAAUCGUAUUAUACCAGAUGGGGUCAAUGCAAAGUUUCUUAACUGUCAUGGACCUUUGGCUGAGAGGGAACCUGGAAGAGCAUUCUUACCUGGAACUUAGCAAGAAUUGAUGUAAAAUAUUUAAAAACUGUUUACUAUUUGCUAAAAAUUUAGCUCUGAUAGUAGUAAAUAUACCAGUUAAUAAGAUGAUGUAGACAUUCUACUUCUGUUGCAUGUUUCCAUGAUUUUGAAUCCACAAUAAGUUCCUAUCACUUAUGCCUUGUUUGUAAGGUGUAUUAUAUAAAUUGCAUACCAAAUAUAUCGUGCAAUGUAUAUGUGCCUGUAUUAUUCGAUUAUCAACA